AUGACACCUGCGGACGCAGCAAACGAGGCUCUAAAUGAAACAUUGGCGGCCAUACAAUUGCUACUCAAGUGUUGCAUGAUGUUGCAACAAGACGAUCCAGAUGCCUUGAAAAUAUUGGAUGAGAUCGCCAGAUGUGUGGCCAAAGACUUGAAGCUUUACAGAGGAAUUGCUACUUCAUUCUCCCCGCAGUUACUGUCAUGCGCUGCCGUUGUGCAGGAUUGCUCAAAGGGCGGGGUCUUUGUGACUUUACCAGACUGGAUGUCCGUUACUGACAAGGAUCUGAGAAUCAAGGGUCACCCGCGGUUUAACAAGAUGGCGCUUUACCGCCCGUGCCCUUCUGUUGAGAUUCCUGUCUUUGUGGGAACUGAUGCUCGUGUAUCACGUUCUGGAACUUCAGCAGCUGUCUCAUUCACAAUGCAACCCAUCGUUGCUCCAUCGACCCCGGCUCCACCUCCCGAAGACUUCGGUAACCAUGCUGCACCGGCAACAGAACUUUCACCUUUGUCGCCGUCACCGAUCUCGGAGCCAUUGGAACCCCUGGCCCCAAUUAUUUCAGCACCGAUCCUGCUUAAAUACAAUCUCUUUGUGCUGGGCACGAAGAAAAACGCGGUGCAGGUGAUGGAAAAGGUGGGCAACAGCAGGAAGAGACAUGCGGAGGAUGACGACCCGGAAGAGGUGAAAUCGGUGGAUAUGACACAUUCGGAUCCUCAGUCACGGAAGUCUGUGCCAAAGAGAAACAGGUUGAUGUCCAGUGAUGAAGAAAAUGUGCAGACAAAACCUGGAUUUGUGACGAAGAUCAUUGGAUCAUCGAAGAUAGCACCAUCGCCGCUCAUCAUCGAAGAGCAUCCGGCGCCGGCACGUUCGAAUUGCUCUGAAGGAACUGAUGAUAGAGGUUUCUGGGAUGCGGAAAACAGGCCUGUUGAAUGGGGUCGGGACUCUGCUAUCGCCACGGCUGUGGAGUAUUCUGUUCGUCAUCACACGCAGAAAUGCGACAAGUGCAACAAAUUGGACGUGGCCUGUCUUGUCCUCUUGGACAAAAAGUUCGGAUGCAUUCGACUUGACUGUGCUAAUUGUGAUGAGAUGAAGAUCACAUGUGCGAUCAACGGCAUUGGUGUCCAGGAGAGAAUGCAGGCCAAGGCCAAAGCCAAAGCCAAAGCGGGAGAAGAUAGCUCCAACCCUGUCAGACGCUCCAAGUCGCGUGUCCCCAAGUCCCGAGUUGUCAACAAGACUCUGGUGAAUACCAGGUCCCGCAAGAUGCCUAUACAACCUGCUAGUUCCUCCUCGCCAGAUCAGCAUAACAUCAUUGAACAAGGAGACUCCGCCCCACAUGAUCAGGUUGUGUCCACGGAUGUAACACCGGCUCGCACAGAGGUUGAACCAAUGCGAACGAUCGGUUUAUCUGUGCCAAUCGUUGAAGCGGCAUGGGCAGUCGAUCCUGCGGAUCCCAAACCAACUGCAAGGGACAUCCUGCACAGUAUCCAGGACCUCGGAAGGCGGCUUGAUCUUCUUGCCACCAAUGAAAGGGUUGAUCAGCUGGAUGCGAGACUCGGAUCGGUAGAAGAUAUCUUUGGCCAACGGUUGAAUGCUCUUGAGCAACAUCUGAAUUCCUCGGAUGCGGAACGGAGAGCGACAUCAUCAUCCAUUGGACAUCUUACCAUUGCUCUCCAGGACCACAAAGAGGAUCUGACUGCACAUAGCCCUUGUGUCAACACCACUGCAUAUGCCCCUCCUCACCACGCCAAUGCACCCCUCCCGUGGACGCAUGCAUGGGAUGCGUCAGUUAUGACGAAUGUCCAAGGCCAGGUUGGAACCUCAGCAUCUGUUUUGCAAAUUGAAACUCUGGACUCUGUAGUCCCGGCAGCGGAUGUAUCUACUGAGCUUUCUAGCGACCCGUCAACAAUAUCCGAUGAUUAG